AUGAACUCAUUGUCGUACCCAGUCCAAUGGGAACUGCACAGACUGUUUUCGUACUUUGCACGUACCGAUGAAUUGUGGAUUUGUAUACUAACUAGUGAGGGCGAUAAGGCCUUCUGUGCUGGCCAAGAUUUGAAGAGUGUAAGACCAGACAAUGCUGCUACAUCUCUGAAGGCUGAAGAAUCAUCCUGGCCUCCAACUGGAUUUGGUGGCAUUUCUCGACGCGACGACAUUACCAAACCAAUUAUCGCUGCCGUGAACGGGUUGGCGUAUGGAGGAGGAUGCGAAUUAGCUUUAAGUUGUGAUAUUAUUGUCGCUGCAGAGCAUGCUGCCUUUGCCCUGCCUGAAGUAAAAAGAGGUCUCAUGCCUCCAUUUGCCGCGUCCCUACUGCCACGGCUCAUAGGUUGGCAGAAUGCUAUGGAAAUGAUGCUAACUGGUGAACCAAUCAGCGCACAACGAUUCAAAGAGAUGGGCGUAGUGAAUUUUGUAGUGCCUAAAGAGAUGCUGAUGAAGAAGGCUCUCGAAGUCGCUGAACUUCUGAAGCUUGGUUCUCCUGACGGAAUUCGGGCAUCGAAACGAGCAGUCAUGAUAUCCGAGUCUGUGGCGUCGUGGACUGAAGCUAGCAUACUGGCCUCAUCAUCCCCUGAAGCGCAAGCAAUGUAUCGAGGCAAAGAUAUGACUGAAGGACCUACGGGUGUCGAUGCGGGUCAGCUCAGCAAGAAGCAGCCUUGGUGUGAUGGAAGUCAUGUCGGAACUGGAAUCGCACCCAUGAAGUGGACUGUGCCUGGAACUGUCAAAGACGGUGGAGAACAAGCCAUUUACUCUAUAUGUGGCUGCAAAUACACUGAAGCUCCUCCAUAUUGUGAUGCAUCACAUAUUCACCUUCCAAUGAAGUAUCUCAAAUCUAUCCGAGAAUGUACAGAGGAUCAUAUUGCGGUAGCAAAGUUGUGUACAGCAUGUGGAUUCAAGCCUGAUUCUGUAUAA